AUGUAUCCUAUUGGGAUUGAGCUGAAACCCUUCUCUCCCUCUCAGCACCGGGACCUACACCGAUUGCAGGUUUCGGAUGCCAGUUCAGAGAAAUUAUUUCACACCAUCUCAAAUAAUGAUACAGAGCUGGGUGUCAGGUUACUGACAACACGUGGCAGCAAAAAUGCAACGGGUCAAGUUGUGCCGAAAGUGUCAGGUUUAGAGAGAAGUCAAGAGAAGAGCCAAGACAGCGACAAGGAGCUGCAGCUUGAUGUUUUAGUAUCAAAGGAUCCAAUCCUGCCAUCUUUGCCUGUUGUCCAUGCUGAUUUGGAAUCCCGGCCUAUCCUAGUUUCUCCUGGACCCACAUUAGAUUCUUGCACGGAGAUACCUUUACAGACGCAGUCUGAGUUUCCUCAUGUUACUCUAGAUCACGAAGCACCAUCGCAACCUCAAGCACCAGUACAGAAGGCACCAAAGCCCCAGCUGCUGUCCCAGACCCCAGUUCUCCCCAGCCCUCCAACAGUGCAACAGCGCCCUCCGUCCCAGAAUUUGCCUCAGUCUUUGUGCAGUUAUAACAGCAGCAGCUUAAGUGUAAACAGUUUGAGCAGCAGCAGAAGCAGCACUCCAGCCAAAAGUCAAGCAACCUCUUCACAUCUGGGUCAUCAUCCAUCAACAUCACCUUAUCCUUUGUCCUUACCAAGCCACAGUCCUUUGCAUAGGUUUACACCCACUCUCCAACCGCCUGCUCACCAGCACCACCCCAAUAUGUUUGCCCCGCCCACUGCUUUACCUCCUCCACCACCACUGACUUCAGGGACACUUCAGGUUCCAGGACAUCCUGCUAACAGCACUUACUCAGAGCAAGACCUUCUCAGACAAGAACUGAAUACACGCUUUUUGGCUUCUCAGAGUGCAGACCGUGGUGCAUCGUUAGGCCCACCUCCAUAUCUGAGGACCGAGUUUCACCAGCACCAGCAUCAACACCAACACCAGCACACGCAUCAGCAUACACACCAGCACACCUUUACUCCUUUCCCACACGCUAUCCCACCUACCGCCAUUAUGCCGACUCCAGCACCACCCAUGUUUGACAAAUACCCUACAAAAGUUGACCCCUUCUACCGCCACAGUUUAUUUCACUCAUAUCCUCCAGCUGUUUCUGGAAUUCCUCCCAUGAUUCCUCCAACUGGUCCAUUCGGCUCACUUCAAGGGGCCUUUCAGCCUAAGACUUCCAAUCCUAUUGAUGUCGCAGGCAGACCUGGAACUGUCCCACAUACUCUCCUGCAAAAGGACCCCAGGUUGACAGAUCCUUUCAGACCCAUGUUGCGGAAACCUGGAAAAUGGUGUGCCAUGCAUGUUCAUAUCGCCUGGCAAAUAUAUCAUCACCAACAAAAAGUAAAGAAGCAGAUGCAGACAGACCCACACAAGCUGGAUUUUGGCCUGAAGCCGGAGUUUUUGAGCAGGCCUCCGGGCCCCAGCCUCUUUGGUGCGAUUCAUCCCCAUCCACAUCCCCACGACUUGGCACGCCCUUCAACGCUCUUCUCUGCUGCUGGUGGCACACACCCUGCAGCGGCUCCAUUUGGUCCACCACCUCAUCACAGCAAUUUCCUUAACCCAUCAGCUCACCUUGAACAAUUUAACCGACCAUCCACAUUUAGCGGUCUUGCUGCUGUUGGUGGAAGUGCCUUUGGUGGACUAGGAAACCCAUCAGUUACAUCCAACUCAAUGUUUAGCCAUAAGGAAGGGCCUAACAUGCAGAGCUUUAACAACCCUCACGAACCAUGGAAUCGGUUGCAUCGAACUCCACCUUCAUUCCCUACUCCACCACCAUGGCUUAAACCUGGGGAGUCUGAAAGAAGUUCCUCUGUAGCAUCCCAUGAACGAGAUGCAGACAAACGAGAGACAGCAACUAAGGAUGAUAAAGAAAGGGAAAAUGUUGAGAAGAGACACUCAAGUCAUCCUUCGCCUGCACCUAUUAAUCAGGUGAACUCUACAGGACAUAACCGCAGUUUAUCUGAGCAAAACAGAAAUAAUUUAAACAAUGAUGUGCGAGAGAAAGAAAAGCCGAAGGAAAGAGAAAGAGAGCACUCUGACUCGUGGAAAGAAGCAAGUAUAGAGGAACACAAAACAAAGGACAACCAUAUUUUAGAGAAAGACAAUCUUGUUCAUGAAAGUAGAACAAUAGAUGAAGCAAAACAGUUAAAUAGGGUACCUUCACCUUAUGUCAGACCACCUACAAUGGAAAAUACUAGACCUAACAGUAAUUCUAAUCGAGAGACUGAGAGAAAGACUGAGACAUAUGAUAAUCAAAAGAAAAGCAAUGAUGUGAAAGUAAAGGAAGAACGAAAAGAAGAGCAUGAUAUAGUUGUCCCUGAUGGAUCUCAAAUUCAUAGGACCUCUGAACAGCCUCCACCAAUAUCUACAUCAAAUGUCCAUCCAAGUCAUUUAGCAUCUCUGCCCAUGGCUAUGGGAGUAGCUGGAAUGCAUCCAAUGAACAGCAUUGGGGGUUUAGAUAGGACUCGCAUGAUGACCCCUUUUAUGGGAAUAAGUCCUAUACCUGGUGGGGAAAGGUUUCCAUACCCAUCCUUUCAUUGGGAUCCUAUGCGAGAUCCAUUGAGAGACCCCUAUAGAGGCCUUGAUAUUCAUAGGAGGGAUCCACUGGGAAGAGACUUUUUACUGAGAAAUGAUCCACUUCACCGUUUAACUGCGCCCCGCUUGUAUGAAGCUGAGAGGUCAUUCAGGGACAGAGAGCCUCAUGAUUACAAUCAUCACCAUCAUCAUCUUGCUGUUGAUCCACGUAGGGAGCAUGAGCGUGUAAGCCAUUUGGAAGAAAGAGAGCGAUUACAUAUGCUUCGAGAGGACUAUGAACAUGCCCGUCUUCAUGCAGUUCACCCAGCUGCUUUGGAUGGUCAUCUUCCUCAUCCAAGCUUAAUAACUCCUGGACUUCCUAGUAUGCACUAUGCCAGGGUCAGUCCUACCACAGGACAUCAAAAUGGAAUCCUAAAUAAGACUCCCCCAACAGCAGCAUUAAGUGCACCACCACCACUUAUUUCUACUUUGGGAGGAAGACCAGGCUCUCCCAGAAGGACUACUCCCUUAUCCACAGAGAUCAGAGACAGACCACCUUCGCACACACUCAAAGACAUUGAAGCACGAUAGAGACAGAAUAAAAUGACUUGACAAAAAUAAAUGGACAAAUAACUCGAUUAAGCAGCAAAGAGCUUAAUAUUUGAUCAUUGUAAAAAUGUAAAGUCUACAAGAGCAAUGAUUUUCAAUCUUUUGUAUAUUAUAUGUGGAAGACUUUCAGAUCUUUUAGCAAUUUCAGAUGUUUGUUUCUUUGUUUUAUUUUGUUAAUGUAAAGCAUUGGGUUGGAACAGAGAGAAAUAAUUCAUUUCAACCAUUGGACUUAUUGGACAAUAUUAAAAGGAAAUGUAAAUAUAUAUAAAUAUAUAAAAAAGGAGAUUUGCUUCAUUGGGUAAUGGAUCAUAUAUGCAAAAGGGUAGAAUGAAAGCUUUACUGUGUAUAGUUGUAAAUAGACUUGAAAUAAUGAAAUAAUGUAUUACAAAAAUACUGUACUUAAACUCUUCAGUCUGCAACCUUACUCUUCAAACACAGACUGCAUAUACUGUGUUUCCUAUAUUGUUAGAGACAACUUAACCCCUCAACUAUGCAAUUAUUAUAGAGGCUUAUCACAAAAAGCCUUUCAAACACAAAAAGGAGCAUUUAAAACAUAUACACAUAAGCUGAAGUCAAAUUUUCCACAAGAAAAUCAUAAAGCGUAACAAUGUUUUUUUCUGUCAUCUGUUAUGGAUUAUAGUCACAACCCGAAAUACUGGUUAUAAACUAGAGUGUUUGCACCUCCCAUAAUUAAAAACACAAUAGUUUUUAUUCUCCUACAGAUACCAGAAUGAUCUUAGGUAUUCACUAUAUAGAGUCACAGGAAAUGGGAGAUGACAGGGUCUUGCUAUUACCAAAUUCUUGAAUGGUAAGGCACAUUUUUGACCUGUAGCACUACUGCAGUACAGUGCAUUAGCAGCAAGGUUGCUGCUAGUGAAAGCCAUCCUGGACACUUGCAGUCAGUGUCUCUCUUUUCCUAAUCCAUAACUGAGACUAGUGUUCCAUGUCAACAGGAGUUGAGGAUCAUAGCUGCUGUUGAGCUCUAAUUGCAGAUAUUAACAAUGUUGGAAGUAUUAGUCAACAGCAGAUGGAUAUCUGUCAGAUGCCCGUUCCUGCUCUGUGGAACUAGGGAAGAUUUGACUUUAUCUGAAGAAGAAUGCCAUUAACAUUUGGUUUCCUGGGCUGUAAAAUAUAUGUAUUAAAUAAACAUAGUCCAUUGGUCUUCUAGUGUAUUAAAGUGAUAUCUUAAGUUGUUAUCCUGUUUUGGAAAAAAAAUUAAUACAUCUCCCAACAGUUGUUUCUAAUAAGCAGAGAUCUAUUUUAGUAGUCAACUGAAGGAUUAGUUGUGAGCUUCAGAUUUUGUGAACUCCAGAUGUUGUGCAGUGUUUUUUUAAGGAACAAACCCUCCCAAAAGAUUAUGUACACUGGAACAGUAGUGGUAGCUUUCAGUAUUGUAAAGAGAUUGUUAUAUACAAACCUUUUUGCUGUUUAUCCUGUAUGUAAUAAAUUCCUUUCUAGAACAUAUGUAAAGAGGAAAAAAAAGGUAACCGAAAAGGAAAAAAAAAAAAUAAAUGAAGAGACUCGAUCUUCAGCAUGUUCCUCAUCAGCGAAGACUUGUGUUAUGUAAAUUGUGCCAUGUUAUUAAAAAAUGUGAACUAAACUUC